AUGGACCCCAAUGAAUUCCGAGAAAGGGUCAACAAUGCCCUAGAUGAGUGUCUUCGUCCACGCGAAGAGGUGAUGAUGAUAAGGCGUAUCAUGAAACAGCGUCUUGGGCAGAGUCUCGGCACAGAGCAACUCAAAAGCCCCCUCUCUCUUGUCGACAUUGACACGAAAGUAUCCGAGACUAAGGAUCUUCAAGGUCUUCACAGAGAGUACAUCGAGGCCGUUCGGAGGAAUCUUAAAGCUCGGCAGGGUUUCGCUCAGGUUCAGAAGGAACAUGAAGAGAUGAUGGCCUCGCUCAAGCCACAAAAGGACGUCGACACAAGGAUCCUAGAUUUGCAUCUAGAGGUUACAAAACUGCGGCAGAGGCAUGAUAAGCUAGCGGCCGCCAAGAAGUACCUAGAUGAGCUCCAAAAGCAACCAGCCGCGGCAACGGCCUUCUUGGAUCCCAAAGCCAUGUAUAAAGACUGCAGCCCGCUGCCGGAGAUGCCCCCAGAGAUGGUUAAUGGCUUUGCAGUCGAUCACGAAUCAGCGGAUGCCGAGAUUCAAGAGCUCCUUCAACGUCUUCAGAAGACGGUUCUGCGCAGUAAACUCAUGUACCGAAGAGACAAGCAACGGCAUACGGAGGCUCAAACUAGGGAUCCCGUGGACCCCGGGAACCUGAGUCCAGAGGUCAAGCUGCAUGCCCUCAAUGCCGUCAAGAACACCUUGAUCAACUGGAUAGAAUCCCAAUUGAGCAAAGCUGGCGACGAAGCGAUACCAGACACUGAAAAGCCAAAAAAUCCACUGGUAGACCACAAAGCCCAACUAGCAGAAAUCCAAAAUCAGUAUCAACGCCACCUGGAGCUGCGCAAAGAAGCCAUGACAUUUCUUGCCCAGCACAAGGAAAUGCUGAAGGGGAUGCAGGAAGAGUUGAAGCAAUCAGAGGAGACGCCAGACAAAGAACCCGAAACUCAGGAAAUCCCAACGGCAAAGCCACUUCCAACCGCCUAUCUGCUCACACCCUACGUCGAGAAGUUGCGCACUUUAUCUCGAGAGCAGAAAGGUCUAAUCCAGGAGCGAUCCCACAUCAACGCCAGCCUAGCAAAACAACAAGAAGACACCAAAUUGGCCCUGAGCCAUCUCGCGGAGGAAAGCCAACUUCUCCUGAAGUUCCCCAGCAACAAACCCACCUCGACGCAGAACAUGAGCUUUGGGGAAGCGACCAGACCGGGCAACAAGUCGAGUGUGACGGACCAGUUACAACUGUGGCUGUACGCGGCCGACUCGGCCAAAAUCACAACUCUGGAGACGGUGGUUGAGAAGGUCGAAGAGGGGAUGAUUUCAGUGGACAACUCGAGGCAGACAUUGGAGGAGAUCUGCAAGUUGCUCAACGUGCCGUUACCUGAGGAGGAAUCCGGGGAGGGCCAAGAAGCACCCGAGAAGGAUCUGUGGGAUCCCGAGGGCGAUGAUGAGAAGAGCAAAGCGAAGGUGACCAAGAAAUGCGUUGAGGAGAAGGAGAAGUUGGAACCAGUCAAGACCAUAUGGGAAAUCUUGGAUGGGAAUCUGGGAUCCAUCAACGAAUGA